AUGGAUAGAGUGAACCGGGUUUUAAACAUCGUAAGACAGAUGUCUCCCAGGAAAAGGGAAAGAGUGUCUCAUUGGGAGGCGGAGAGCCCGGAGACCUGCGAGGAGAGUCUGUGCUCUCUCAGCCUUUGCAUCAGCGAUGAUGGGCCGUACUCUAAGGGGAACAAGGACUCAACGGGGCCAGACAACUCACUCACAUCCAGAAGACAAAGCAUCCCAGAACUGCGUGGGGUUACACUGGUUGAGCUGAUUAAGAAGGAAGGAAGCACUUUAGGUCUCACCAUCUCGGGCGGAACAGACAAGGAUGGCAAACCACGCGUCUCCAACCUGCGGCCGGGUGGACUGGCGGCUAGGAGCGAUCAGCUCAAUGUGGGCGACUACAUCAAGUCAGUCAAUGGGAUCAACCUGACCAAGCUGCGUCACGACGAGAUCAUCAGUCUGCUAAAAAACGUAGGCGAGCGCGUCGUGCUGGAAGUGGAGUAUGAACUGCCUUCACCUGCGCCAGACAGUACCUCAGGUGUUAUUUCCAAGACAAUCGAGAUCUGUUUGCAGAAAGAGGGCAACAGUUUCGGCUUUGUUAUGCGAGGUGGAUCCCAUGAGGACUGGCACAGAUCUCGUCCUUUGGUGGUCACACACGUCCGACCUGGUGGUCCUGCUGACAGGGAAGGGACCCUAAAAGCAGGCGAUCGGAUCUUAAGUGUGGAUGGUGUGGUUUUACACAGUGCUAUUCUGAGCGAUGCUCUUACAGUACUGACUCAGUGUGGCCAGGAGGCCCUGUUCCAGAUAGAGUAUGAUGUCUCCAUCAUGGACUCGAUGACAAACGCUUCAGGUCCUCUGCUGGUGGAGAUUGCCAAGGCGCCCGGAGCCAGUCUGGGAAUCACUCUGACCACUGCCAUGCACAGGAACAAACAGGCCAUCGUCAUCGACAAGAUCAAGCCCGCCAGUGUGGUGGACAGGUCUGGAGCGUUACACGUGGGUGAUCAUAUCCUGUCUAUAGACGGCACCAGCACAGAGCACUGCUCCGUCCUGGAGGCCACGCAGCUGCUGGCCAGCACUACUGAUCAGACCAAACUAGAGAUCCUCCCCGCACACCAAACACGCCUGCCUGGGAAACCCCAGGACACUGUGAAAGUUCAGAAAAGUGACCACCCGCACUGCUGGGACCCCUGUGUGAACUACUGCCAUUCUCAACAUCCUGGCCACUGUAAGACGUCGACAUGGACCUCUGCUUCCAGUAACCCAUCCAGUUCUCAGGAUUACUGCAAAUCGGUAGUCUGCACUAACUUCUCUCCUGGGUCCACAACCACAUCAGGCAUGACCAGCCAGGGUUCCAGCACGCUGCCCCGGGCUGCUCCUCCCAUGAGCCCACGGAACUCCAUGCUAAAGAGACGACAAAGGAAAAAAGAGCACAAAAGCUCCUCUGUGUCUUUAGCCUCAAGUUCUGUGGGCCCUGGUGGUCAGAUCGUCCACACCGAGUCCAGUGAGGUCACUCUGAGAGGAGACCCUCUAAAUGGGUUUGGGGUUCAGCUGCAAGGUGGAAUAUUUGCGACAGAGACCCUCUCUGCACCCCCUCUUAUCCGCUUCAUAGAACCGGACAGCUCGGCCGAAAGCUCAGUGCCCAGUAAGAAACCAGGAGAGCCUCUUAUCAUAUCUGACAUUAAAAAAGGCAGCAUGGCACACAGAACAGGAACUCUGGAGCCCGGAGACAAGCUGCUGGCCAUAGAUAACAUCCGUCUGGAGAACUGCUGCAUGGAGGACGCCGUCCAGAUCCUCCAGCAGAGCGAAGACCUGGUCAAACUCAAAAUCCGCAAGGAUGAGGACAACUCAGACGAGCAGGAGUCGUCCGGCUCCAUCAUCUACACGGUGGAGCUGAAGCGCUACGGCGGCCCGCUGGGCAUCACCAUCUCCGGCACCGAGGAGCCCUUUGACCCCAUCAUCAUCUCAGGCCUGACCAAGAGGGGUCUCGCUGAGAGGACUGGAGCCAUUCACGUUGGCGAUCGUAUUCUGGCCAUCAACAGCGUCAGUCUGAAGGGGAAGCCGCUCAGUGAAGCCAUACACCUGCUGCAGAUGGCAGGAGAAACCGUCACCCUCAAGAUCAAGAAGCAGACCGACACACCAGAUGAUCAAAAUAAAGAGAACGAUCUGGAUAACGAGCUCAGCGAUAACGAGGACGACAUGACCGACUCGCAGAAGACCAACAAACUGUCGGACAUUUAUUCCACCACCAUCCCCAGCGUGGAUUCGGCCAUGGAGUCGUGGGACGGCUCGGGAAUCGACGGCGGUUACAGCAGCCAAGGUGGCUACACGCAUCAGGCCGCUGGGAUUGCGCUACACCCUCACGAGUGGCGUAACAGCAAGCAGAGGAACAGCACACCUCCUCCGUCCCGCCACAAGAACUAUCCCUUCAGUGACGCGGGAUUCAGUGAGGACGACUGGGACAAAGCUGCCGGAUACAGCAGCCAGCCGCAUGCCGACGGCCUCAUGAUGGAGCAGGAGGACAGUUUCUGGUGCCAGGCCCUGGAAGACCUGGAGACCUGCGGCCAGUCCGAGCUCCUGCGCGAGAUCGAGGCGUCAAUAAUGACCGGCAGCGCCCUGAGUUUGGGUGUAGAGGGUGGAAAGGCCCACGGCGAGACGGUCAGCCAACCUCACCUCAGCCCUCUGAGAAAAGCCCCACAUCUCCUCAACGAAACCAAGAACAAGAGCACGCUCCGUAUGUCCGAGAAGACCUGGGAGUCACGGAGGAUCAAAGAAGAGAUCCAGGACAUCCUGUCGCCCACACCGUUAGAGCUGCACAAGGUGACUGUGAUGAAGGACCCAGAGAGCGAUGACUUUGGAUUCAGCGUAUCGGACGGGUUCUUGGAAAAGGGUGUUUGCGUGAACAUGAUCAGGCCUGAAGGUCCGGCGGACCGUGCUGGACUCAAACCGUACGACAGGAUCCUUCAGGUGAACCACGUGCGGACGCGAGAUUUCGACUGCUGCUUAGCUGUGCCCCUCAUCACAGAGGCCGGAGACAAACUUGAGUUGGUGAUUAGCCGAAACCCAUUAGCACAGCUGGGUGUUGCCCAGCCCCACGACUGCCAGCCACACUUCAACCCCGUAGGCCAUUCCCGUGAGCACCAGACCAGCACGCUAGACCUGUGACCACUGGGUAACUCAGACUAUGACCACACCGGACCAUUUGUUGCAACAGACUAUCAGAAGGAGCCAUGAUUCACUGGUUUCAUUACAAAACUCAAAUGAACUGAAAUAUCCAGAUUAUAAGGAGUGAUCGUGGAAACUGUACAACAAAAGAUUUGAGCCAGUUUUCAGUACAAAACUCGAAAGGAUCUGAGCCAGUUUUUUAAAAACAGAACAAAACAAAACAAAAAUAUUGGACUACUACAAUGCAUACACCAUACAUGGACUUCGCCCAUCAAAUUUUUUUUUUUUACUAUGGAGCCUAGCACAUGAUAUGGGGGGAAAAUAUUAAUAUAAUGGCCACAAAAUAAGAAUUAAUUCUCAUGACUUAUUCUCCAAGUUUUCGUAAAUCGUGGCCACAA